UAUUCGCCCACCUGAGAGUGAUUACCAAGUAUAAGUAUGAACUAAAAUCAACUGAAUUAAGUAGACUCACCCAUCUUGACGACCACGUGUGCUAUCAAAUAUCGUAUGUCGUUGGCAUCCAACGGUGCUCGGUUCAUAUAUAACUGCUGGGGCCCGACUCUGACUUCACUGAUCAUCAAACUACUGACCUAGGCGAGCCACUCCAAACCACAUCUCAGAACUAAAACCAAAGAUGAACGGUAAGUGGUUUCGUGUACUCGAUGCUACCUUCUCUUAUGAUGCUAGAGAGUCAUGUCGAAUGACAUGUGGUACUAAUAGUGACAUUUGAAAUCAGUGUGAUUCAAUGUAACAGAAAGGAAAUAGUGUAAUGAAAGUACAUCAUUCAAUAGUACAGUCGUAUUGGUACAUCUUCAUAGGAGUUUUCAAUCUGAAAAUGGCAAUUUAUGUUGAUGGUCAUUAAAUGAAUGUUUACUUACAAGAUGUUGUUCAGAUUAAUUAGAUUAAGGUAUUGUAAAAUAUCAUAUGGUAAUGUUUAAGAAAGUAUUUUUUAAUUUUAAAUUUAAAUCCAUAUAGGUUAGUCUUUAAAUUUCAAAGCGUUGUUACAGACCAAAGUUUAAUCGUUAAGUCUUCAAAAAUUUUAAUAUUUCUACAACUUUCUUAGGAGUUGCCUUUUAAAAACUGCACUCUUUAUGAUCAAAUUGGUCGAUAAAAAUACCACCACAUUUGUUGAUUUCAAUUUCUCUUAAUCUCAGACGGCAAUAGCUAGAGACGGAGAACUGCUUUAAAAUGAUUUAGUUAAAAUAUAUUUAAAAAAAAAAAAAAAAAACCUUUAUCUUCACCUGUGUUAUAGUUUAAGAGAAUAUCUACUAUAAUUGACGCAUAGAGCCACUGACCUCGUCUUCCUUAGUGACGGCGGUCAUCUUUAAAAUUAAAAAUCUCUAUCAUCCUAACAAACCACUUCCUAAAUACCCACUUCCUAGCAACCCACAUCCUAAAAACCCACUUCCUAACAACCCACAUCCUAGCAACCAACCCACUUCCUAACAAACCUUAUCCUAAAAACCCACUUCCUAACAACCCACACCCUAAGAACCCACAUACUAACAACCCACAUCCUAGCAACCAACCCACUUCUUAACAAACCACUUCCUAACAAGCCACACCAUAACAAACCACUUCCUAAUAACCCACACCGUAACAACCCCCAUCCUAAUAACCCAAACCUUAACAACCCACUUCCUAACAACCCACAUCCUAACAACCCCCAUUCUAACAACUCAAUUCCUAACAACCCACUUCCUAACAACCCACAUCCUAACAACCCACUUCCUAACAACCCACAUCCUAACAAACCACAUCCUAACAACCCACUUCCUAACAACCCACUUCCUAACAACCCACUUCCUAACAAACCACAACCUAACAACCCACCUCCACCACACCCUAACAACCCACUUCCUAGCAACCCACCUCCUAACAACCCACAUCCCAACUACCCACUUCCUAACAACCCACACCCUAACAACCCACACCCUAACAACCCACAUCCUAACAACCCACUUCCUAACAACCCACUUCCUAACAACCCACAUCCUAACAACCCACAUCCUAACAACCCACACCUUAACAACCCACUUCCAAACAACUCACUUCCUAACAACCCACAUCCCAACAACCUACUUCCUAACAACCCACAUCCUAACAACCCACUUCCUAACAACCCACAUCCUAACAACCACACCCUAACAACCCACUUCCUAGCAACCCACCUCCUAACAACCCACAUCCCAACUACCCACUUCCUAACAACCCACACACUAACAACCCACACCCUAACAACCCACAUCCUAACAACCCACUUCCUAACAACCCACUUCCUAACAACCCACUUCCUAACAACCCACAUCCUAACAACCCACACCCUAACAACCCACUUCCAAACAACUCACUUCCUAACAACCCACAUCCCAACAACCUACUUCCUAACAACCCACAUCCUAACAACCCACUUCCUAACAACCCACAUCCCAACAACCUACUUCCUAACAACCCACAUCCUAACAACCCACAUCCUAACAACCCAAAUCCUAACAACCCACAUCCUAACAACCCACACCCUAACAACCCACUUCCUAGCAACCCACCUCCUAACAACCCACAUCCCAACUACCCACUUCCUAACAACCCACACCCUAACAACCCACACCCUAACAACCCACAUCCUAACAACCCACUUCCUAGCAACCCACCUCCUAACAACCCACAUCCCAACUACCCACUUCCUAACAACCCACACCCUAACAACCCACACCCUAACAACCCACAUCCUAACAACCCACUUCAUAACAACCCACAUCCUAACAACCCACAUCCUAACAACCCACAUCCUAACAACCCACACCUUAACAACCCACUUCCAAACAACCCACUUCCUAACAACCCACAUCCCAACAACCUACUUCCUAACAACCCACUUCCUAACAACCCACAUCCCAACAAACUACUUCCUAACAACCCACACCUUAACAACCCACUUCCAAACAACCCACUUCCUAACAAACCACAUCCCAACAACCCACUUCCUAGCAACCCACAUCCUAACAACCCACAUCCUAAAAACCCACAUCCUAACAUCCCACAUUCUUACAACCCACAUCCUAACAACCCACUUCCAAACAACCCACUUCCUAACAAACCACAUCCCAACAACCCACUUCCUAGCAACCCACAUCCUAACAACCCACAUCCUAAAAACCCAACAUCCUAACAUCCCACAUUCUUACAACCCACUUUCUAAUAACCCACAUCACACAUUAUGCCAAAUGACCCAUUCGAGUAAACACUGACUCUGUUAUAUUAGUCCUCUAGUAGCACAACAAAGUUAUAUAUUUACAUAUGUGUAAUCUAUGUGUUGCAAUGCCCUUGUUUAUGUGUAAUAAAGGGCUUGCAAUCCCCAUGUUGGUUUGUAAUCUGGAGGUUGCAAUCCCCAUGUUGGUGUGUAAUCUAGGGGUUGCAAUCCCCAUGUUGGUUUGCAAGCGAGGGGCUGCAAUCCCCGUAAUGAUGUGUAAGCUAGGGGUUGCAAUCCCAAUAAUGAUUGUAAGCUAGGGAUUACAAUCCACAUCUUGGUGUGUAAUCUAGUGGUUUCAAUCCCAAUGUUGUUGUGUAAUUUAGGGGUUGCAAUCCCCGUGUUCGUGUGUAAUCUAGGGGUUGCAAUCCCCAUAAUGGUGUGUAAUCUAGGGUUUGCAAUCCCUAUGUUCAUGUGUAGUCUAUUGAUUGCAAUCCCCAUGAUGAUGUGCAGUAUAGAGAUUGCAAUCCCCAUGAUGAUGUGUAGUCUAGGAAUUGCAUUCCCCAUGCUGCACAUCUGACGAAAAAUUGUGUUACUACAUUUCAUGAAUGUUCUGUUUUCCAGCCAUCCUCCGUCUAUCAGCUGUUUUCCUUGUCGCCCAGUCGGUCAUCGCUUCCCCUUGCACCGAUGGAUGCUACGCCAAUUGCCAGUACGUCAACAGCGUCUGCGAGGUGGCAACGUUCCCCGAGUUCCUGAAGAAAGUCUGCACAAUAGGAUCGAAACUCUGCUCCUCGUCCUGUGAUCUGGUCUGCGGGUGCGCUGACAAAUGCCUGGCGCCGGCCAAAGACCAGUUCCUCAAGUGCCGGGGUGAGAAUGUGACGGAUGUGUUCCUCGCCACGGGCUGCCAGGGUCUGUUCCUCAAUUCUGUCCUCAUUUGUGG